AGACCCGGUCUAGUAUAAUUUGACCGGUCAAGUAGUUUACACCAUCAUUUUUGGCGCCGACCGUGGGACCGUUAAGGUUUCCUCUCUUCUAAAUACAAACCUACCCACAAAAACACCACUCAAAAUGUCUUCGAGCCAGCAGAUCAACGCCACCCCUGCUCAGGUGCAAGCCACCACUGAAGGUACCAGCAUCCCCAUGGCUGUUACCCUGCCAACCGUUUCUGCUCCGGUUUUGCCAUUGGGGUUAAGCUCGGUUCCAACACCCAGCAUGGUCAGCCCAUUCACGGCUCCCGUCCCUUCCGCUGGACCGAGGGUCACUUUCCCACCAAGCAUGACCCAGUUCAUGAAUGACCCAGCCAACCUGCAGGCCAUCCAGGGCUUUGGCCAGGACAUGGCUAUGUGCCAACAGAAUGGGGGGAUGCCUUUCCUCCCUGGUAUGUUCCCGUUCGCUCUUCCAAGCGCGGGAACCAUGCCCCUACAAGCUCCAAUGGCGGUGUCUCCCUUCCAAACGCCAGUGCCGCAACCAUCACCUUUCCAGCCGCAGCUAGUCAGCGCUGUGGCCCCCAUCAACUUGACCGGUGCGCUUAACGCCGCAGGGCCAUUGCGCCCCCCGCAAGGUACGAAUCCGCUAAUCACUUCGGAUGGUCACUGCGUCUCGGUUGAAAGCGGAGACGACGAGUGGGACAUUCCAAGGACCCACAAGAAAAAGAAGGGAAAAACCAUCCGACCCGCCACCUCCCGAAACUCCGCCUUCGAAAGGGUGGGGGAUAGGGAGGAGGGCCAGAGAAAAUCAGCCAAGCUGAGGCUGGGGCAGAGCGUGGCCCAUGUCAGUGCGUUCGCCCGGUUAGGUGAGAUGAGGGAGGCCAAGCCUGCCCGCACCCAACACUCCCGGUCAAACUGGCAGGAGCCAGCCAGGACGAGAGCCUCUCGCCGGGAAGAAGAAGCAGAAAGCCAGCCUAGGGUGCCGGUGGCCAAUCGGUUAACCACCCCCAAUGAUCGCGUCCAACAGAUGGAGGCAAAGUUGGAGAGGCUGGAGAAGAAGGUUGGGGAGAAGAAUGACCGGGACAAACCCCUAGCGGGGUCUCCGUUCACUACAAGGGUCCAUCUGACACCUUUCCCGCGAAAGACCUUGCGGAAUCGAGCCACCGAGUGGUUCAACAAGCUUCGCCCGGGAAGCAUUGACUCAUUCAGCGACUUGGCCUCGAAGUUCAAGGCCAAGUUCCAGGAGAACUGUACCAAGAGGAAGAAGUUCACCUAUCUUAGUACAGCCGGGCAGAGGGAAUCUGAGAACCUCACCCAAUUCCUUACCCGGUGGAAGGAGGAGGUAGACAAGGUUGAGGAGAUGGAUGACAAGACAGUGUUGUCCCUCCUCCUGAGUGGCUUACGUGCCGGGGAACUAUACAAGGAGUUCUGCCGGAAACCCCCGGCCACGUACCAAGAGGCCUACCACACUGCAUGGGAGUUUGCUGAGGCUGAAACUCAACUCCGGGCAAAGAAAGAAGCCGAGCAUGGGUUCAAGCCCAAGCCGGUGCAGGUCAAAAAGGAAGAAGUGCCGAUACCCAGCCGGCCAAGGCACCACUAUGACCCGGUAGUCCGAGUGGUCAAUUCAGAAGAAUGCCAGGAGAUCAGGAAAGCACCGGUCAAUCCUCCGGACAAUCCUACCGGUCAAACUGGGCGUCAGUGGUCGGGCACCUAUUGUUCGUACCACAGGUCAGAUUCCCAUAGCACUUCCGAAUGCAAGAGUGUUAAGGGGGUAAUCCGGCAGAUGAUAGACAGCGGAGAACUGGGCAAGGAUUAUCUGCAGAAAGCCCAGGAGAAGAACCAUCAAUGGGUAAGGCCAGCAACCCAGGGAAAUGACCGGGACAAUGACCGGCGGAGCAACAACCGGCAGAGGGAGCAACUGCCUGCCCCUGACAAAGAACAUAUUGGGAUGAUCUUUGGCGGACCCGAAGGAGGAGAUUCAGCCGCGCAGCGGAAAAACUGGGUUCGCAGCAUUUACGUUGGUGAGGUGAAUGCCGAACCGGCCAGGCGUAAUUAUCCCAGGAGGGAGCCAAUAGUCUUCACUGACCGGGACCUCCCUCCUACCGGUGAAGAUCACAAUGAUCCAUUGGUCAUCACCAUGGACAUCAACGGGGUGGACGUCGCCCGGGUACUUGUUGACACCGGCAGCAGUGUCAACAUCCUCUACCUGGAGACCUUCCAGAAACUCAGGUUGUGUCGGACAAAACUUGAACCCCUCAAAACCCCUCUCUCAGGCUUCACGGGAGAUACCGUUGAAGCUGAAGGAUCCAUAGUUCUACCGGUCGAACUAGGAUCGGGCGAAAAGACUGUGUGGAAGAGAAUGCGAUUCAUUGUUGUGGAUAUCAAAUGCGUCCACAACGCGAUCCUUGGAAGACCGGGCAUCAAUAAGGUUGGGGCGGUGAUUUCCAUGCCGCACCUGUGCAUGAAGUUCUACACUCCAGGCGGUGUGGGGGAAGUGAAGGGCGAUCAGAGGAACGCCCGGGAGUGCUAUGCUCGGGCAGUCAAGAAGAUGACCAAGGGGGUCAAUGUCAUCUCCCAAGAGAUCACAAAGGGAGAGACCCGGGAGAAACUGGAGCCUGAAGCUGAGACGGUGGAGAUUGAACUCCACCCGGGUGAUUCUUCGAGGAUGGUCAAAAUUGGGGCAAACCUCCCAGAAGAUCUCAAGGCAGAGAUUACACGGGUGCUCCAAGAGUACGCGGGCAUAUUUGCAUGGAGCGUGGCAGAUAUGCCCGGGAUAGACCGCUCAAUCAUCUGUCACCGGUUGGCAGUAAGGGAGGGAAGUCGACCGGUACGCCAGAAGAAAAGGUACCUGGCCAGCGACUGAUGAGACUUCGUCAAGAAGGAGGUGAAGGACCUCCUUA